GAUUCAUAUUGUACCAACUUAAUAUACUAUUUUUUAAAUUUAUUGCCGAAAUUAAGAUAAUUUAAUAGAAAAUUACUAGUUAGUACGCGUAUCAAAGGCUUGGUGUAAACAAGGCCUAUGUGCAAAGACCGAAAUCCAUUGGCUGAGAAAGGAAAGAAAGGAAUUCCGAAUACAAAAAGAUGUGAUAAAAGAUCGCUCACUGAAAAUUACGAGAACGAAAUGGCACGAGGCACGACCACGAGGAGGUAACCGUCAGUGAUUGUGACUGGCAGCAAGCAGAAAGCAGAAGAGAAAAUAUAUAUAUACACGGAAGGAGAUCCUUAAAUAUCUGACGACUUUGUAUCGUUUCUCGGGAUGUCGCAACAAAGUGCUAUUGUUCAAACGCCUACGACUACUACGGGUUCAGAUAUGACGCCCGUGCUUGGAACUCUACAAUCUGUGGGACCUAAUAAUCAGACGUCACCGGUUUUGCCUAAUGUGCAAAGCGGUGGCACUACAACCACUGUACAAUCGCAAACGCAGUCUCAACAAACUCAGUACGUUCCACAGUCUUCAAAACCAGUGCAGCAAUCGUCCGCUCCAACUUCUUUUAGUGAUUUUCCACAAUUUUUAACAAAAACGAGAUUACAAGACUUGGUAAGAGAAGUAGAUCCCACCGAACAGUUGGAUGAGGAGGUAGAAGAGAUGCUUUUACAAUUAGCAGAUGACUUUGUGGAAACAACAGUGAACGCGGCUUGUCUGUUAGCUAAGCAUCGUCAUGCCAAUACUGUGGAAGUUAAAGAUGUACAGUUACAUUUAGAAAGAAAUUGGAAUAUGUGGAUUCCUGGUUUUGGUACAGAUGAAGUGCGUCCGUAUAAACGAGCCACCGUCACUGAAGCACAUAAACAAAGAUUAGCUCUUAUACGAAAAUCCAUCAAAAAAUACUAAUCUUUUCUUGAAUUAGUUUUAUCAGUUUUGAAAAUCAAGCUUGUAUUUUAUAUAUUUUUAAUAAUUUCAACUAUAUAUUGUACUACUAAUAAUAAACAUCUUAUGAAAAAAUGU